AUGGACUGGAGCAUCUACAAGCCGGCGAAGCGCUUCAGGCCUGAGCCUGCUGCGGGAGGCUGCGAGCCCGAGGGAAGCGGACGACUGCUGCGCCACAGGCACCUGACGCCGACGCCCACGAGCGCCGACCAGGGCACCGACCAGACCGCCGACAAGAGCGCCGACCAGACCGCCGACCAGAACACUGGCGCCAACACCAAGCCCGGCGCCUACGCCUUGAGCUCGCGCGGACCGAGGCCCCCUCCUGGGCCGCCACCAACGCACCUGCGCACCGAACAGGGCGCCGACCAGAGCACCGACCAGGGCGCCGGCCAGAGCGCCGACCAGAGUUACGACAAGGGCGCCGACCAGGCUGCCGACCAGAGCGAAGACCGGAGCGACGACGAGAGCGCCGACCAGAGCGCCGACCAGAGCGACGACAAGGGCGCCGACCAGAACGCCGACCACAGCGACGACCAGGACGCCGACCAGAACACCGGCGCCAGCAACACGCCCGGCGCCUACGCCUUGAGCUCGCGCGGACCGAGGCCGCCUCCAGGGCCGCCACCGGCACACCUGCGCACCGAACAAGGCGCCGACCAGAGCGACGACAAGAGCGCCGACCAGAGCGACGACCAGGGCGCCGACCAGAGCGACGACCAAGGCGCCGACCAGACCGCCGACCAGAGCGACGACCAGGACGCCGACCAGACGACCGCCCUGAGCUCGCGCGGCCCGAGGCCGCCUCCUGGGCCGCCGCCGGCACACCUGCGCGCCGAACAAGGCGCCGACCAGAGCAUCUUCGAGGGCGCCGGCCAGAGCGACGACAAGAGCGCCGACCAGAGCGACAACCAGGGCGCCGACCAGAGCGACGACCAGGACGCCGACCAGACCGCCCUGAGCUCGCGCGGCUCGGGGCCGUCUGCAGAGCUUCUGCAGCAGGGAGACUGCUGA